UUCUUCCCCAGCAGCCUAUAUAGUACUAGUAUUUUCUACUUUCUCCAUCAGCUAAAAUCCAAUCUUUCAACCAAAACUUCUUCCCUAAAUUUUGCUUUUCAUCAUAUUAGAGACAGAACCCCCGUUAACUUUUAUCGGCCUCUGUAUUUACUUUGGGAUAAUAUUCUGAUCGGAGCUAACUUUUCCAGGGUUUCUGAUUCCGAGUUUUGAAGAUAAAGUUAGGUUUCUAGAUUAGAGUUAAGAAUAUUGUAAAGAAUUUGUAUUCGUCGAUAUCUCUCAAUGGGUAGAAAGAAGCCGAGUGCUCGUGAUGAUGAGGUGGCCGGGGCGACGCAGGGUGGCGUUGGUGGGGGCAAGCCUAAGAAGAAGAAUUUAGUGAUUGAUGAUGAUGAGUAUUCAGUUGGGACAGAGUUGUCUGAGGAGAGUAAUGUUCAGGAAGAGAAGACUGCAACGGUUGGUGGUGGUAAGAAGAAGGGUAAGAAGGGGAAUGCAAAGAAAGGAGGAUUAAAAGAAGAUGACGAUGAUGAUGACCAUCCGGAGGAGAGAAUUGAUGACAAAGAGCAUGAUGAGGCACUGGAUAUACAGUUCGCAGGCAAAAAGAAAGGGAAGGCGAAGAAGGGUGGGAACAAUAAGAGCAACAGUGUCUUUAGUUCUGGGAACUUUGGGUUGUUAGGGGAUGAAGAUGGUGAAACUGAGGUUUCUGAAUUAACUCAGAGUAGAGAUGGUGAGAGUGGGGGUAGUGAGGAUGAUGGGGAGAAUGUGGUCGCCUUUACUGGUAAGAAAAAGCCUACAAAGUCAAAAAAGGGUGGUGGUAAAAGUGUGUUCAGUGCUGCACCAUUUGAUGCUAUUGGAGUUGAGGAUGAUGAAGCGGUUGGAGGUUCGGUUUCUGGAGAGCUGUCUGAUAAGGAUGAUGAGACAGUGAUUGCAUUUUCUGGGAAGAAAAAGCCAUCAAAAUCUGGUAAGAAGGGUGGCAGUGGUGCAUUUACGACAUCGCCUUUUGGUGCAAUUGGUGAUGGGGAUGAUGGAGGUGUUGAUGAUUUAGUUUCUGGGCAACAGUCUGAUAAUGGGGAGCCUUUGAUUGAGUUCUCUGGGAAGAAGAAGCCAUCGAAAACAGGUAAGAAGGGUGGUGGUAGUUUGUUUUCGACAUCUAGUUUUAAUGGGCUUGAGGACGGGGAAAACAAAGAAGAGAGUAAAGAGGAAGAUGAGGAUAUUGCUUCUAUUACCUUCACAGGAAAGAAAAAGAAGUCUUCCAAGUCUUCGAAAAAAAGCAGUGCUAAUUCAUUUGAUGCUGCAGUUCUUGAUGAAGAGACCAUUGAAGAAGUUUCUAUGUCCAAGUCAGGAGCUGAAGCAGCAGGAGAUGGUGCCAGUGCUCUGGAUGAAUUAGACACAUCAGUUGCUAUGUUUUCUGGUAAGAAGAAGUCAUCUAAAAAGAAGGGUAGUGGCGCAAUUACUGCACUUGAUGCUGGAACUGGGGAUGAGUCCUUGGUUGUAGCUGAGGCUGAUCAGCCUAGCGUUAGUGAUAGUUCAAAGCAGAUAGCUGAAGAUGUUGCAGAGACUUUGAAAAAUAAGAAGAAGAAAAAGAAGAGUGGAAGAACUGCCCAAGAAGAGGAGGAUUUGGACAAGAUUCUUGCUGAACUUGGAGAAGCGCCUCCUGUAUCAAAACCUUCUCCCACCCCUACACCUGGUCUUCUGGAGCCAACUGCUGAGGAGAAAGUUCAAUCUCAGCUUGAGCAAGAAGAUGGUGCAGGUGAAAAAGAAGCUGAAGAAGGAGGGCCUGCAGAGUCUGCAGCGGCAAAGAAGAAGAAGAAGAAGAAGGAAAAGGAGAAAGAGAAAAAAGCAGCUGCAGCUGCACCUGUGACAGAAGACAAACAAGAAGAUAGUAAAAAUGAAACCAAGGGUAAAGCUUCGGACAAGAAAGUUCCAAAGCAUGUGAGAGAGAUGCAAGAGAGACUUGCAAGACUUAAAGAAGCUGAAGAAAGGAAAAAAAGGGAAGAAGAGGAGAAGUUAAGAAAAGAAGAAGAGGAGCGUCGUAGGCAGGAAGAACUUGAGAGGCUAGCAGAAGAAAAGAAACGCUUGAAGAAGGAGAGGGAAAAAGAGAAACUCAUGAAGAAAAAGCAAGAAGGGAAGCUAUUAACUGGUAAACAGAAGGAAGAAGCUCGUAGAUUGGAGGCGAUGAGGAAACAGAUACUAGCCAAUGCUGGGGGCUUGCCAUUACCUACAGGGGAUGCUGUUGGGGUGCCUACAAAACGGCCCAAGUACCAGACAAAAAAGUCAAAGCCAGCUUCUCAAGCAAAUGGUGCGGCUGUUGCAGAGGCUCCUGAAAGCCAAGAAAUAAAAGAAUCAGAAAUUGGAUCUGAGGUCGACUCUGUGGAAACAGAAAAGUAUGAGGAAGUGCAAGUUUUGGAAGUAGAGAAACCCCAAGAAGUUGAAGUUGAGGAGGAGAAUGAGGUUGAAGUAGAAGAAGAAGAUGAUGAUGAAGAAUGGGAUGCCAAAAGUUGGGAUGAUGCUGAUCUUAAACUGCCUGGUAAAAGUGCUUUUGCUGAUGAAGAGGUUGAUUCUGAGCCUGAAAAUGUGGGUAAAAAGGAGUUAAAGAGCACAAGGCCUGCUACAAAUGAUGCAGGGUCUCGCCCUUUGGCGUCAAAGACUGCAACUGCACCACUAAAAUCUGUGAAUCCUGAGGUUGGGGCUGUCGAAAAACAGAAGCAACGAGAAGCACCUACUAAAAUGGAUGCUGCAGAACCAGUUGCUCUCCCCACCCGGGGUGAAAAUAAUCUCCGCUCGCCUAUUUGCUGCAUUAUGGGCCAUGUUGAUACUGGCAAAACUAAGUUACUUGACUGCAUUCGGGGUACCAAUGUUCAGGAAGGAGAAGCUGGAGGUAUUACUCAACAAAUAGGUGCAACAUAUUUCCCAGCAGGGAAUAUACGUGAGAGAACCAAGGAACUAAAAGCUGAUGCAAAGCUGAGUGUCCCAGGUUUAUUGGUUAUUGACACUCCAGGACAUGAAUCGUUCACCAACUUGCGUUCUCGAGGCUCAGGUUUAUGUGAUAUUGCUAUUCUCGUUGUGGAUAUUAUGCAUGGGUUGGAGCCACAAACUAUCGAAUCACUCAAUCUUUUGAAGAUGAGGAAUACAGAAUUUAUUGUUGCCCUGAAUAAGGUUGACAGACUCUAUGGAUGGAAAACAUGCAGAAAUGCACCUAUCAUGAAGGCCAUGAAGCAACAGUCAAAAGAUAUUCAAGCUGAAUUCAACAUGAGGCUCACUCAGGUUAUUACCCAGUUCAAGGAGCAAGGAAUAAACACUGAAUUGUACUAUAAGAACAAAGAAAUGGGGGAGACUUUCAGCAUUGUGCCUACUAGUGCAAUCAGUGGUGAAGGGAUCCCGGACUUGCUUUUAUUACUUGUUCAAUGGACUCAAAAGACAAUGGUUGAGAAAUUAACUUUUCAGGAUGAAGUGCAGUGUACCGUUUUGGAGGUUAAGGUUGUUGAAGGACAUGGGACAACAAUUGAUGUGGUCUUAGUUAAUGGUGUGCUCCAUGAAGGAGAUCAAAUAGUUGUUUGUGGCAUGCAGGGUCCAAUUGUCACCAGUAUUCGAGCACUAUUGACGCCCCAUCCAAUGAAAGAACUCCGAGUAAAGGGAACUUAUGUGCAUCAUAAAGAAAUCAAGGCUGCCCAGGGGAUAAAGAUCACUGCACAGGGUCUUGAGCAUGCUAUUGCUGGCACUGGGCUAUAUGUUGUUGGUCCUGAUGAUGAUGUAGAAGAUAUUAAGGAAGCAGCUAUGGAGGAUAUGAGGACAGUGAUGAACAGAAUUGAUAAAAGUGGCGAGGGAGUUUAUGUACAGGCCUCUACCCUUGGUUCAUUAGAAGCACUACUGGAGUUUUUGAAGACUCCGGUGGUCAAUAUACCUGUGAGUGGUAUAGGCAUUGGUCCUGUGCAUAAGAAAGAUGUCAUGAAGGCAAGCGUGAUGCUCGAGAAGAAGAAAGAGUAUGCCACUAUCUUGGCCUUUGAUGUUAGGGUGACUCCAGAGGCUCGAGAACUUGCAGAUGAGCUUGGUGUCAAGAUAUUCUGUGCAGAUAUCAUCUAUCACCUAUUUGAUCAGUUUAAGGCUUAUAUUGACAACCUCAAGGAGGAGAAGAAGAAGGAAGCUGCUGAUGAUGCUGUAUUCCCCUGUGUUCUUAAGAUCAUACCAAACUGUGUUUUCAACAAGAAAGAUCCCAUUGUAUUGGGAGUGGAUGUUCUCGAAGGUGUUGCAAAGAUCGGAACCCCAAUUUGCAUUCCUCAGAAGGACUUCAUCGACAUUGGACGAAUUGCGUCCAUUGAGAACAACCAUAAACCUGUUGACUAUGCCAAGAAAGGCCAAAAGGUGGCCAUCAAGAUUGUUGGCAGUAAUCCUGAGGAGCAACAGAAGAUGUUUGGAAGGCACUUUGAGAUUGAAGAUGAGCUUGUCAGCCAUAUCUCAAGGAGGUCAAUCGACAUACUAAAAGCCAACUACAGGGAAGAUCUGUCUCUUGAAGAAUGGAAGCUGGUUGCGAAGCUUAAAAAUCUUUUCAAGAUACCGUAGAUGUAAAAUUUAAGAGCGCAAAGAAGUAACUGGUCUGUACAGAGCUUACACUGGUUUGCAUUGGCAUUUGGUGAUUGAACGGAAAGAGGUAAUUGCUUGGGGCAUUAAGCUUAAGCUUGGAAAUCAGUAAAUUCGAAGGAAGAAAAUGCAAAAAGCAAGGUUUGCUGAGUACUUCGCGAGAUCGCCUUCUUGCAGGCUAUGGGGAUGGAUUUUCCUCAUUUUUUGUGUGUACCUCUGGAAGAGAGUUUUUUGGCCAAGAUGACAGUUUGCUGGACUUCAAUUGGAUGGUUACUGAGUGUUGGUGGAUCAUUUUUCCACCCGCUCUAUGUAUCCGCUUUAGCUGUUGUAUUUUCCCACAAUGGUUGUCUUUAUAAACAAUCAAUGGUCAAUUCAGUUUCCAAUCCAUAUUUGCUUUUUCAUUGUCCUA